UCAACUGGGUGGAUUCACGAUAGUUUUGUUGGAAUUUAUUAGCUACAAAAUCAGCCAAGAUGAAGGAUUAAAUAAGAUAUUAUAUUCUCAUCAAGUUAAUUAGAUAUUUUAAAAGAAAUAAAAUUCAUCAACCAACCGGAAGCAUGUCGCCAUGCUUUUUCCUCAUUUUGAGCUUCUGCUUCAUCGCAGUCAAUUCAGCUGGAAAAUUUAAAACCGUGUAUAAGUGGUCAUGGAUUGAUUAUCUCUGGGAAAGCGAGACCCAACGAACUUUAGCUAUUUUAUCUGGUGAAUAUAAUUACACUAAACCAGUUCUAAUUGACGUCGAUGUCUGGAAAGGCGGGAAGAUUUUCGUAACCACAAUACGAACUGACGGAGUUCCGGCUAGUCUUACAACAAUCUCAGGAGUAACAGGACAUGGUGGACCCCUUCUAUAUCCAUAUCCUAAUUGGCGGUGGGCAAGAAAAGGAGAUUGCAAUGGUAUUACUAGUGUAUUUCGAGUGGCCAUUGAUGAAUGUGAUCGCUUAUGGGUCUUGGAUACUGGAAAAAUAAAUGAAAAUCACGUUUGUCCAGCUCAAUUGCUUGCAUUUGACCUUCACACUGAUCGUCUCAUAAGGCGAGUAAAAAUUCCCAAGAGUGUAGCUCAAAAUAACUUAUCAAAGCAUGGACUAUUGGUUACCCCGAUAAUUGAGACAAGUGGCGUGCACUGUUCAAGGACGUAUGUUUAUAUGGCUGACGUGACUGGAAAUGGUCUUGUUAUUUUUAAUGGAACAACAGUCUGGCGUUUAGAGUCUCCAGUAUAUGCCCCUCAAGAGAUAGCAGCUACUGUUACAAUUGCAAAUGAAUCAUUUUAUCUUGAUGAUGGUAUUCUAGGGAUGGCUUUGAGUCCCAAGAUGAGGAAGAAUUUAAGAUAUUUAAUGUUUCGACCAUUGGCUUCUUUUGAUAUGGUCUCAGUUGAAACAACCAACUUGCAAGAGUCUUAUACCGGUGAUCCAAUCCAUUAUAUGCUAGUAUCCAGAGCAUUACCUAGUCAAGCAGCAGCUAUGGCUUUCUCUACUGAGGGCACGCUUUUUUUCGGGCUCACUCACGAUCUUGCAAUGGCUUGUUGGCACAUCGAUAAGCCUAUUACAAAAGAAAAUAUUGUAAUUCUUGAUAAAGAUGAGAAUGCUUAUCAAUUUGUAAGUGGAGUCAAAGUAAUUCCCUCAUGGAUUACGAAAAAUCAUGAAGAAGUUUGGAUUGUAACAAAUAGAUACCAAAAAAUAGCACUUGAAACUCAAAAUUUCAACGAAAUAAACUUUAGAAUAAUGGCUAGUAGUGUAGAUAAAUUAGUUGAUAAUACAAACUGUAGUCCUUUACUAGGAUAUAAUUUUAUUAAGAUAUUUUUCAAAACAACAUAUAAAGUUGUUUCAUCGAUAAAUAAACUCAAUCAUUUGAAGACUGUGACUAAUAUAAUAACAUAA